UCCACCCCCCGGCCCUCUUAUUCUUGUCUUAUCCCCUCUCUCCAAGCUGCGUCUCUCCGCUUUUUUGUCCGAGCGAGCGAGGAGAGAGAGUGAGAGAGAGAGAAGAGAGAAGAGCGGAGAGCUCCCGAGCUCGGUGGAUCGGACGGUGGAGAUGAAGGAGAGGGGCGGGAAAUCGGGGCAUCCGACGGUGGACGAGAGGUACACGCAGUGGAAGUCGCUCGUCCCCGUCCUCUACGACUGGCUCGCCAACCACAACCUCGUUUGGCCCUCCCUCUCAUGCCGAUGGGGGCCGCAGCUUGAGCAGGCGACGUACAAGAAUCGCCAGCGUUUGUACCUCUCGGAGCAGACCGAUGGCAGUGUUCCGAAUACUCUUGUUAUAGCGAAUUGUGAAGUUGUGAAGCCAAGGGUUGCCGCUGCUGAGCAUAUCUCGCAGUUCAACGAAGAAGCACGGUCUCCUUUUGUGAAGAAGUUCAAGACUAUUAUACAUCCUGGGGAGGUCAACAGAAUCAGGGAGCUUCCUCAAAAUAGCAAGAUAGUGGCGACGCAUACUGACAGCCCCGAUGUAUUAAUUUGGGAUGUUGAGGCCCAACCUAAUCGUCAUGCUGUGCUAGGAGCUGCUGAAUCUCGUCCAGAUCUGAUAUUGACAGGGCACAAAGAAAAUGCAGAGUUUGCUCUAGCUAUGUGUCCAACGGAACCUUUUGUACUCUCUGGAGGAAAGGACAAGUCAGUUGUCUUGUGGAGCAUACAAGAUCAUAUAUCCACCUUGGCGGAGUCAGCUUCCAAAUCUCCUGUGUCACCUGGUAGCUCAGGCAGUAAGCAGGUUGUUGGAAAAUCUGGUACAGAGAAAAGCUCAGAUACUCCAACCAUUGGGCCUCGAGGUGUCUAUCAAGGGCAUGGAGAUACCGUUGAAGAUGUGCAAUUUUGUCCAUCUAGUGCACAGGAGUUCUGUAGUGUUGGCGAUGAUUCUUGCCUCAUUUUCUGGGAUGCGCGAGUUGGUACUAGUCCAGUUGUUAAGGUUGAGAAAGCUCAUAAUGCUGAUCUUCACUGUGUUGACUGGAACCCCCAUGAUAUGAACCUUAUUUUGACUGGAUCUGCUGAUACUUCUGUUCGAAUGUUUGACCGCCGGAAUCUAACUUCUGGAGGUGUUGGAUCCCCCAUUCACAAGUUCGAAGGCCACAAAGCUGCUGUUCUCUGUGUUCAGUGGUCUCCUGACAAAGCAACUAUCUUUGGAAGUGCUGCGGAAGAUGGUUUCCUGAAUAUUUGGGAUCAUGAGAAGGUUGGGAAGAAGAAAGAACGCACUGGAACAAGAACGUCCAAUACACCCCCAGGUUUAUUCUUUCAGCAUGCAGGUCACAGAGAUAAAGUCGUUGAUUUCCAUUGGAAUGCAUACGAUCCAUGGACUAUUGUUAGUGUCUCUGAUGAUGGGGAGAGUACUGGCGGCGGUGGGACAUUGCAGAUAUGGCGCAUGAGUGACUUGAUAUAUAGGCCGGAAGAAGAGGUGCUUGCGGAGCUGGAGAAGUUCAAAGCUCACUUGGCUUCAUGCACUCCCAAAGCCUAGAUCUUUUGAUAAAUAUCUAGCCUUUUAGGAACUCGCCGGAACUGUUAACAUAUGUUUCGUUAUCUGCUUCUGUUUCUUAGGACCUUUCUAGACGCUGUUGCUGUAAACUUUGUUAGGAUCGAAGGGGUGCUUUGAACUUCUAAUCGUGGUUUUGCUCUGGUCUGAUUCCAAGGACAAAAACUGAUGUCAGCUUUUCAUGCUUAGGCUCACCUUCUUUUCUUUUCUUUUUUUGUGGGAUUAUGUCAUUUUGUGUUUGAUCAUUAAUGGGUCAUUAGUGGCCUACUUGUUUGCGAAUUGUGGCUCGCUAACUCUGAUUGGCG